AUGGCUUCAGCUGAAAAGCCCUCUGACAUUGUCCAGAAGGCCAGGGGGAAGUUGACUGAAGCUCUUCUUCAGAUAGAGACCGACUUGAUCCUGGAUGUGGUGGAUUCCCAUCUGCUCCUCACUCAGGGCGAGUACUUCUCCCUGAGUUGCACGAAGGAUCCGCAGGAGUUGCUACAAAACCUGUUUGACACAGUGUUGAAAAAGAGAGAGUCCGCACAAGAACAGUUCUUAGACUGCCUGGAAAAUCUGAGACACGCCUUCCCCAGUUUGCUCCCAGUUUCUGAAUAUUUGGAAAAUGGUCCUGUAAAUCCCACAAAUAAACUUCAGAUCACAAGCAAUACCAUGUUUUCUGAGAAAGGAAGCAGUACUGAAAAUAAAGCUCAGAACUUGAAUUCUGGUACAUCCUUCAUGGUUCCAAAGACGGAAAACACGGACAAGAAUCCAGAUGCUUCUGCAUCCUCAGAGGCUGGAAGAGACAUUGAGAAGCCAGAUGCCGCUUUGCUUUCAGGGGACAUGUGUGGAGUUAGGAAUCCGGACGCCAUGGACAAUGGAAAUAGAGUGGAGAAUGUAGACGAGGCUGCCUCGUGCCCUGAGAAAGAAGACCGAGAUGAGAACGUGGAGGUUUCUGUGUCCCUGGAGGCAGGAAGUGAGGUAGAGAGCCCAAACGUUUCUCCAUCAUCCAGGACAGGAAGUGGCAUUGAGAUGCUGGGUGCUUCUGCAUCCAAAGAGAAAGAAAGUGAAGCCAAGGGCCUGGAUGCCUCAGGAGGACAAAGUGGAACCCCAUUCCCAGUGAGAAUGGAAACAGCUGAGAGCCCAGACCAUGAGGCAGGAAGGGAUGCUGAGGGGCCAGAUGCUGGUAUGGUGCCUUCAGGAACGGGAAACAAAGAUGAGGACCGAAAUGUGGCUCUGUCCUCCAGCCAAGGAAGUGGAGUGAAGAAUCGGGAUGCCGCUGAGGAUGGAACUGGAGUGGAGGACCCAGGUGUGGCUGCUGCGUGCCCAGAGAGAGGUUACAGUCUGGAGCAAAGCCUGGAGCAGAAAGCUGAAGUUCAGCAAGAACUGGAGCAAGAGGAGAAACACCCUGCCAAAGAGAGAGAAAAAGCAAUUAAGGACGUUUUCAGAAAACUAAAAUUGCAGAAGAAAAAAAGCAAGUUCUCCCUACAAGAAGUCCUGGAAAUCAGUUCAGGGAGUCUAAAGGAGAGCAUCCCUUGUGCCGUGGGGGACCUGCCAUGGCAUUUUCUGAGGAAGGUCUUGGCUCUGAAUGUGACAGCCAGGAGCACCAGCCUUGAGAAGGAGGCCUCUGAUGAUCAGAAAACAAGAGAAGAAGAGGAGGAAAAUAUGAUUGAUGACAGUAUUUUCUGUACUGUCAGGACUGACGAGAGCAUUUCUGUGAAUCCCCUUGAUGUGCUUUGUGCUGUUCUGCUUUAUUCAGAGAGUUUCCUCCAGCGGGAGAUCCUUUUCAAAAUGUCCAUGUGCCAGUUUGCCUUGCCUUUACUUCUGCCUCCUUUAGAGACUUCUCAGUGCACCCUAAUGCUCUGGGCCAUGAGAGACGUUGUGAAAAAAUGGCGGCCCCAUUCCCUGGCUGACAGCAGGGGCUUUAGAGAGGAGAGCCUGGUGCUCACGUCCAUGCCGACCAUCUCCUUUGUGCGGAUGGGGAGUCUGAGUUUCUCCAAGUCCAAAUUUCUCAACGAGUUUCUGAGCCCCUCCCAACAGCACCACGAUUUCUUCGUACACCGAGACAUAGAGGGUGGGAACAUCCCUCGAAGAAUCGCUGAUGGAUUUGUAGAGAUUACCUGGUAUUUCCCGGGAGGGCAAAAGAGCUUGGAUCUUUUCCCAGAGCCACUUGCCGUUGCUAAUCUCCACGGAGAUGCUGAGGCACAUUGGGUACAGUUUAGCUUUUUAUCUGAGAUAUCCUCAGCAAUAUUCAUAUUUGCUGAACACAUUGGUAUAAGAGAAUAUGCCCUUUUGUCAUCGCUGAAGGAAUCAUCAACUAAGUACUACUUUAUCUUGGAGAAUCGUGGUGGAAAAGUUAAUGAAACUUUGAAUUUCUUAAAGAAAUUGGUUCCAGUGCUUCACCUCAGUAAAUCACAUAUCCUAGUAAAAAAUAGCAUGACUAAUACAGCAGAAUUUGUCGAACAGCUAAGAUCCACCAUUGGAAGAAUAAUCAACUGUCCUCUGAAAUGUGUGAGUAUACAAGAGAUGGCUACUGUGGCCCAUGAGCUUACGAUACAGGUGGAUGAGGACUUCAAAGAAUGUCAAGAUGCUCGUAAUUGUGCUUUAGAAAUCACGAGAGAUGUAAGAGAUGUAGCAGAUUACAAAAAAGACAUGCUGAAACUCCAAGGUGAUCUCUGGAAAAACUUGGCAAAAGUGGAGAAAGAAUUGUGCAGGAUGGAUAGGCAAGGGGACAUGCCUUCCGAAAAGUAUAGAUCUGAACUGACAGGCAAAUUGAUGGUUCUGCGUCAACAGCAAAAUGAGUGCGACCUCACUAUUGGUUUGAUCAAUUUCAUCCAUGGCAUUAAGGAUUCACAGUCAGCAAAAAAGCAUUACUUCUUAAAAUGGAUGAAGUUCAACCUGGAUUGCAUUGCUAGGGCGAAUCUCUCCAAGUUACGAGCUGAGUAUAAAGAGAAAUGUAAGCAUUUAGGAGGCGAGGUCCGGAAGAUAGCAGAGGUAGACCAGCUGAUUUCUUCUUCCUCCCUGGGUGUUGAGCACUUCAUGAGAGAGCUGGGUCAGUUUUAUGAGGCAGAAUAUUUGAUGGUUAAAGAAGGAAAAUUAAAUAAAAACAAAAGGCAGUUUGCCCAUUUCCCCAGCAUUGCUGCUGACCUUUUGCUGGAAGGAUUUCCUCUAGAGCUGAUCGAUGGAGAUGCCUCCAACAUUCCUCUGCAGUGGAUAACUGAUGUUCUGACUGUAUUGAAUAGCAAGCUGAGAAGUCGAUCCAGAAUGUUUGUGAUAACUGUACUGGGGGUACAGAGCACUGGCAAGUCCACCCUUCUCAACACCAUGUUCGGAUUGCAGUUUGCUGUGAGCAGCGGCCGAUGUACACGCGGUGCCUUCAUGACCCUUCUUAAGGUCAGGGAGAACUUGAUUCAUGAGCUGGGUUGUGAUUUCAUUCUGGUGAUAGACACAGAAGGCUUGAAAGCUCCUGAACUGGCCAAGCUGGAAGACAGCUAUCAACACGACAACGAAUUAGCCACUCUGGUGAUUGGGCUGAGCGAUAUAACAAUAGUGAACAUGGCCAUGGAGAAUGCCACUGAAAUGAAGGAUAUCCUGCAAAUUGUGACCCAUGCCUUCCUCAGGAUGGAGAGAAUUGGGCAAAAACCCAACUGCCAGUUUGUUCAUCAGAACAUCAGUGACGUUUCUGCACAUGACCAAAAUAUGAGGGACAGGAAACAUCUCUUGGAACAACUCAACAACAUGACCCAGGCUGCAGCCAAAAUGGAAAAACUUGACAAGGACAUCAAGUUUUCAGACAUCAUGGAUUAUGACCCAGAAAUACACAACUGGUACAUCCCAGGCCUGUGGCAUGGAGUCCCACCUAUGGCCUCAGUCAACAGGGGCUACAGUGAAAAGGUCUUUGAGUUAAAGAAGUAUCUAUUUGAAUUCUUAAGGGAACGUUCAGAGAAAAGGAGUCCCAAAGACAUCCCUCAGUUUAUUGAGUGGAUCAAGAGCCUGUGGAAUGCCGUGAAACACGAGAACUUCAUCUUCAGCUUCCGAAACAGCCUCAUAGCAGAAGCUUACAACCAGCUAUCUGCCAAAUACUCUGAAUGGGACUGGGGCUUCCGCAGAGAGAUGCACCUCUGGGUAUCCGAGCAGGAAACUUUCAUACAGAAUGCCUCACCUGAUGAACUUGACUGCUGGAACUGGCAGCUUGAGCUUCAAGAGAAACUUUUGCCUGGAGAGCAACAGAUUUUGGAGAAUUUGAACAAAUAUUUUGAAAAUGGAGCAUCAAAUCUGCAUUUGGUGGAAAGGUACAGAGAAGACUUUGUCAGGAGCACCAAAAGCCUGAAAAGUGAGCUUGAAAGUUAUUCUUACAACAAAUGUAAAGAUAGCAUUCACAUUAAAAAGGGUUGUCAAAGGAUUGACACCCUUCAAACUGAAUACUUGAAAGUAAUUGAAGGAAAAGUUGACAGGCUCCUUGAAGAAUGCAGGAAAGAGGAGCGCAGACUGGAUAAUGAAGAGCUGAGAAGGGAGUUUGAAAGAAUGUGGACAGAAACGUUGUCAGAAAUAUCACCCAUUCGUUUAGAGAAGAGGCAGAUAUGUGUAGAUGUUGAACGGUGUUUGAGGAAAGACUUGUCUCAUCGUGGAAGUUCGGUCAACCUAAAAGUACAAGGAGCAAAAAGUUUGUUAAACUACAGGAUGAUUACUUUUCAAAUGAAACCAGAAUAUAUAAAGUCAUCCUUAUGGAACAAAAUGAAGUGCAUGUUUUCUAAAAAGGAGCAUUCAAACAAAGCUGAGGAAGUUGCCAACUCAUUGAUGUCCAAAUGCAUGGUGUACAUUGAUGAAAAGGCCAGCUGCAGAGGAGAUUAUGAUGAAACCUAUUGUGGGGAACUUCUGCAUAUGAUCAAUCAGAAGCUUCAGCAGGACGAGGUGCAAAAGCUUCAUACCACAUCCUGCUUCGAAGUGGACCUAAAACUUCACAUUUUAGGAGAGGCAGCUCAUGUAUUCCAGAACAAACAUGAAGAUUUCAUUAAGGAAAACGAUCCCCAGAUACGCCUGGAGAAAUUAAAACCUCAGUAUUUCUCCAUUUUCAGAAAUCAUUAUCUGGAAAGAGAUGCCCAACAAAAUCGGGCUAAGGAUUUUUGUGACCAGUGCCUCCAUCCUGCCCUAGUGGAUUAUGUCAACAAAAAACUUGGCAUAGAAAUAGUGGAUGACAUCCUCAGUGGUACACAGUCCAUUGGGUACACCAGUCGGAGCUUCUUCCAGUUUACGGUCCUGAAGGAGCUGUUGGAAGAGAGAAAUGUCAACAAUUAUGUGAAAUAUAUCGGAUCCUAUGAAGAGUUUGUGAAGAGCUGGAUCAUGAGAGAAAUACUGGGGCACUAUGCAGACAAACAGCAUCUGCUCAACCUGGAGAAGGAUAUUCUCUCUGCAAUAAUAAAGAAAACUGUAGAAAUGCUGAAGUACCCGCAACAUGAAGGUUGUAACACGAUCUCAGAAUUCUUGGCAAUUUUUUGCAAAGCAAUGCAGAAGGAUUUGGUUAUUUCUAAGGACAGCCUGGUGGGAAUACAGUUUAAGAACAUUACUGAUCCUGGGCAGUUUUCUGUCUGUGUUGCAAGUUUUCUUCCUGAUUUGGAGAAACAAAUACUAUCUGAGUUUGAUGACUUGGAUAUUGAAUUGAAACUUUCCAAACUGCCAGUGAAGCCCCAGGAUGAGUUCUUCAAGCGGGUGUUUGGCUGCAGGAAGCAGUGUCCCUUCUGCAAAGUGCCCUGUGAGGCUGGAGGAAGUGCUCAUAAGGCACAUUUUGCAUCUGUCCACCGGCCUCAAGGACUGGGAAGAUGCAGAGAAAAAGAUUCACAAAAGCUAGUGUAUAGCCUGUGCUCCACUGAUGUGGCUUCCCAGUGCCGAUUCAAAAAUCUAGAAACAGGCUGGGAAUGGCAUCCGUACAAAGAUUACCGAGUCUAUUAUCCAGACUGGUGCAUCCAACCGGAUCCCAGCAUCAAUGCUUCUGACUACUGGAAGUUUGUUUUUAAAGAGUUCAAUCAUGAUUUUGCAUAUUACUAUAAGGCUAAGCCAGCAGAUCUGCCAGAGGACUGGAAAAGUAUUACUGAGGAACAGGCACUGGAGGCUUUAAUGGAAACCUACAAUAUGCAGUAAGCACUACUAUCGUGAAAGCGUUUGGCUAAUAGUAAAUACUGUGAGUUUCACCAAAAUUUGGCAUUAAUGAAACAGUUUAAAAUUUCUGCAAUUAUUUUUUUGCUAAUGUCAGAUGAUUC